UCAGAUCCCCCGUCCCGACACCGACUUGCUCACCCAGAGCAGCUGUUAUCUCUCUGCCUCCAUCCCAUCCAGCCGCCACCAUGAGCCAGUCCUACUCCUCCAGCCAGCGCCUCUCCUCAUACCGCCGCACCUUUGGUGGUGGGUCAGCCUCACCUUCCUUCCCACGUGCUUCCUUCGGCAGCAAGGGCUCAGCUUCCAGCGUCUCCUCUCGGGUCUACCAAGUGUCACGCAAUGCCGCACCACCCAGCCUGUCCAGCUUCCGAGCCUCCUACUCAGCCCCGCUGCGCUCAGCCUACCAAGGUGCUGGCGAGCUCCUCGACUUCUCCUUGGCCGACGCCAUGAACCAGGAGUUCCUUCAGACGCGAACCAACGAGAAGGUGGAGCUGCAGGAACUCAAUGACCGCUUUGCCAACUACAUUGAAAAGGUACGUUUCCUAGAGCAGCAGAAUGCACUCAUGGUGGCUGAAGUCAACCGGCUCAAGGGGAAGGAGCCCACGCGGGUGGCUGAGAUCUACGAGGAGGAGCUGCGGGAGCUGCGGCGCCAAGUGGAGCUGCUGACCAGCCAGCGAGCACGUGUCGAUGUGGAGAGAGACAAUCUGCUGGAUGACCUCCAGAAGCUGAAGCAGAGGCUGCAGGAGGAGAUUCAUCUCAAGGAAGAAGCAGAGAACAACUUAGCUGCUUUUCGAGCUGAUGUUGAUGCAGCCACUCUGGCCCGCAUUGACUUGGAGAGGCGUAUUGAAUCAUUGCAGGAAGAAAUCGCAUUCCUUAAAAAGGUGCAUGAAGAGGAAAUCCGAGAGCUGCAAUCACAGCUACAAGAGCAACAAAUCCAGGUGGAGAUGGAUGUGUCUAAGCCAGACCUGACAGCAGCAUUGCGUGAUAUCCGUGCCCAGUAUGAAACUAUUGCUGCAAAGAAUAUCUCUGAAGCUGAGGAAUGGUACAAGUCCAAGGUGUCUGACCUGACCCAGGCAGCCAAUAAGAACAAUGAUGCAUUGCGUCAAGCGAAGCAGGAGAUGAUGGAGUUCCGGCACCAGAUACAAUCAUACACCUGUGAGAUUGACGCGCUCAAGGGCACGAAUGACUCCUUGAUGAGACAGAUGAGGGAAAUGGAGGAACGCUUUGCCAGCGAGGCUGGCAAUUAUCAGGACACUAUUCAGAGGCUUGAAGAGGAGAUCCGACACUUGAAGGAUGAGAUGGCACGGCACCUGCGCGAGUACCAGGACCUGCUCAAUGUGAAGAUGGCCCUUGAUGUUGAGAUUGCCACUUACCGCAAACUGCUGGAGGGUGAAGAGAGCAGGAUUUCAAUGCCCAUCCAGACUUUUUCUGCAAUCAAUUUCCGAGAGACCAGUCCAGAGCAGCGGAGCUCUGAGGUCCACACCAAGAAAACAGUGACAAUCAAAACUAUUGAGACACGUGAUGGGGAGGUGGUGAGUGAAGCCCUCCAGCAGCAACACGAAAUGCUGUAGAUCUUAUUGUCCCCCAAGAGGCAACUGGCUCCCACGUGCAAAGACCUGGGGUUGCUAGCUCCCACACACUGUCCUGCACACCCACUCUGUGAUGGCACGACCGGAGAACCUCACACACUCAACCGGGCAUGUGUGUGGCUCUCCUUGCACCCAGUUCCCCAAAGCCUCUCUCUUUCUGCUCCCUUUCUGUUUUCUCUGUUCUGGAAGCUGGGGAGGGGGUGGGACGGGGGCAGGUGGGAAGGAUGAAAGAGAGGGGCAGCUCUCUGUGUGUGUGUGUGUGUGUGCGUGUGUGUGUGAGCGCAUGUGCACUGCAUAUGUUGGGGCUGGGGGGGAGGGAAGGCUUCCUGCUACUGUAGGGUCUGAAGCUUUAACCACCACCUGCAAUGUAGAACUCUCAUACAUGCAUUGUGCAUCUCCUGACCCCCAUCAACAUGCCCCCAUGUUAAUCAUGUGUAACUUUACCCUCGACCUGAGCACAGAUAACAGGCCCCCUGUCCCUGUCAAGGCCCAUCCCCUGAAGGGACAGGGGAAGGAGGGAGGAAAAGUGGGUGUAGCCCAAGGAAUGACCAUGAGCCAAUUGCCCAGCCUUGCCUCUGAGACCAAAGCCACAGAGCGCCUCUUCCCCUCCCCUCACCUCCCCUCCCCAUUGGAGCGGGACUCCUUGCUUGGGGGGUUGAUGGGGCAGUGAACAUCUGUCCCUCCCACUAAGCAGGUCUCCUUAUCUUGGUUUGCUCUUUUGGACAAGGGUUGUACCCUUCCACCCAGAUUGGGAUUUCCUGCUAGCGCAGGGGGCAGAAGGCUGGGAGGGUUGGGAUCCCAAAGGAGGGAGUGGGAGCUGCUUAGGUAGGAGGCUUGGACUUCGCAAAUCUGCUGCAAAAUGGAUCUCCCAGUUUGGGGCUAUGGGCUGUGAGGGUCACCAAGGAGGGAAGAAGGGUGCCCAGGGGCCCCUGUGCACCCCCAUCCUAGAUCCCAAACCUCUCUCCUAGGGGCUGCUGCAUGCAAGGGGCCGCUUAAGGUUUAUGGGUGUUGGACAAGAUAAGAGAAGGAACAGGCAGGUGAUGGGUAUGGGGGAGAGAGAACAAGAGUGAGAAAUAAUUUGUGGGUGUGAGUGGAAGAGGAGAGAUGAGAUGGAGAGAGGCUGAAUGCCCCUGACCUUCCCAUCCCAGCACAUCCCUGGCUCUGCCAAGUGAUUAAUAAACCAUGGAGCACAAAA